AUGAAUAGCAAAAGUAAAAAUAUUGUUACAACUCCAGGGGGACAGGACCACCAGGAGUCGUUGGCAGUAGGUGGAUCUGGUGUAAAAUUCAGGUCCAACGGAGCGGGCUUGCUACUUUCGUUACCAGUCAACCGUGACCAAUCGGAUGAAGGGGUGUCCAGCAUGGCCCCGGAUUCCGACAAUAAUGCUUCUGCUGAGACAGACGUGCCUCUAGGUACGCACCCAAGAGAUAUGACGUCAUAUAUUAUACAUCAUAGAGCCUAUGAUACCGGUGAGAACGUAGCUGUAGCUACCAAUCUGACCUUACCUGACUACAAGCGAAAACGAUCAUCGUAUGAAGAUGAUAACCAUAAUAGAAAUUUUUCUCGAACCUCAAGAGCCGCACUCGAUAUCCAUCAUGUCAUCGGUAAGUUCCUAAUACACAUCAACGACCCUAGACAUAGUAACAAAAUAUACAAAUAUCUAUACAGUCGACAUCAGUGCUAA